UCCUGGCUUCAUCGUCGGGUAUUAAAUUACUCUUCUUCACACGCACACACCGGUGGUCUCUUCGUAUUUCCGAUUUCGUCGCCUCCACCGUUUUAAGGUAUUGUGAUACUAUUACUGAUACUGAACCGCGAAUGUGGCUGGGUUAAUAAGUGGGUCUCCAUCAAAAUCCGACUUUUACUUAUUUGAGCCAAGGUGGCAAAAUCGUUUGAAGAACAAAAAGACAAUGGAAUGCAACAAGGAGGAAGCUAUAAAGGCAAUGGAUAUUGCCAAGAGGAAAAUUGCGGAGAAUGAUUACAACGGGGCGAAAAAGGUAGCAACCAAGGCUCAGAAUCUGUAUCCAAAGCUUGAUGGGUUGAAACAAGUUAUGAUGUUGAUCGAUGUUUAUAUCUCGGCUGGAAACAAAAUCAUUGGAGGAGACCUUGAUUGGUAUGCGAUUCUUGGUGUUGAUCCGUUGGCUGAUGAGGAUGUAGUUAAGAAACAAUAUAAGAGGCUAGCUCUUUUGCUUCAUCCUGACAAGAACAAGUGUGAAGGCGCAGAGGGUGCGUUUAAGCUUGUUUUGGCUGCUUGGUGUCUAUUAUCUGAUAAGGUUAAGAGAAUUGCUUAUGAUCAGAAAAGGAAGUUCAACGAAGUUAAACCAAAAAGGAGUCGGAAGCAGAAACAACCACCAAAGAAACCACCUAACCAGCCUAAACAGCCACCAAAUCAGCCUAAACAGUCCCCACAGCAGCGGAAACAGCCACCAAACCAACAGAAACAGCCACCAAACCAGCCAAAGCAACCACCAAACCAGCCAAAGCAACCACCAAACCAGCCGAAGCAACCACCAAACCAGCCGAAACAACCACCAAACCAGCCAAGUUCUAGCGGUAGAUCUAGAAGCAAUAAGCCCACUUCAAAAGUCAGUACCUUUUGGACAAUGUGCAACAAAUGCAGGGCAGAAUAUGAGUAUGUGAGGGUUUUUUUCCUUAACAAGUCCGUGCUUUGUCGAAAUUGCCGUGGGACGUUUAAGGCAACUGAGAAAGAGAAAACAGCAACUGAGAAAGAGGAAGCACGGCAAGCAACAAACAAGAACACAAAUGGUGCUUCUUCUUGUGGGAAAGACUCUUCUUUAUCAACAAUGGGUAGUUUCAAGAGCGGAAAUGUUGCAAAUAAAGCAGAAGAAAGAGGGAAAAGAGAGGUCAGGGAGUCAGAAGAAGCUACAAGAGGAAUUUCAAAUUCUGAAGUAGAGGAGAGGGUUUUUAAGAAGCUUAGGACAGAUGACUAUGCAGAGGCAAGUAGUGGAAUCAAGGUGUGAAGUAAGAACAAUUGACAUUUAGAAGUUUAACAACAAUCACAGCUUUUUUUUUUUAUGAUUAGAGUUAUAUUUUGCAUCUAGACUACGAAGGAAGGAAAACGUACAGUGGAACAAAGUCAGUUCUUCCUUCUGUCAUCUUCAAUGUUUGAUCUAUGAAAUGUCAUAACCCUUUUUUGGUUUUUUGUUGUUAUAUGUAUGUGUGCUUUACUGCUGCUAGCCUGCUACGUAUAAAUUGGUUUAGUUCGAAUU